AUGGCACCCGCAGCCCCCUUCAACCCACCCUCCCCUAACCUCCCCGGCAAGCCCUUCGUCCCCGAAUGGAACCGGCCUCCCGUCACCAAGCAGACCGAGGGCUUUGCAACUCUCAAGUCAAUUGACCUGUCACUGCUCGACUCUGAAGACCCCGCCGUCGUCGAGGACCUCAUCCAGCAAGUCAAGGUCGCCAUCCGCGACGACGGCUUCCUCUUCCUCGAGAACUAUGGCAUCUCACUGGAGCAACUGCACCGCCAGUUCGCGAUUGCCCAAUACCUCUACAACAACAUCAGCGAGGAAGACAAGGAGCGCCUCCUGUUUGACCCAGACACUGGACGGUGGUCGGGGUACAAGCACCCAUACGGGUUCAAGCGCCACCGCGGCCCAGCCGACGGCAUCGAGCAAUUCAACUUCUACAACCGCGAGUGGACCGACCCCAGCCGCAUCCCCACAGCCCUGCACCCAUUCAUGGACGAAAUCACCGCGUUCUGCACCUACCUCACGCAAUCCGUAAACCGGCGCCUGCUGACCCUGUUCUCCCGCGUCCUCGAGCUCCCAGACUCCUACCUCUGGGACAACGUGCAAUCCCACGGCUCCCCCACAGGCGAAGGCUACUUCCGCCACGCGCUAUUCCGCCCCGUGCAGAGAGAAACACAGGAAGCGUCCAAGGGGCUGCGGAUGCACGGCCACACGGACUUCGGGCUCACGACGCUCCUCUUCUCCGUACCGAUCAGCUGUCUCCAGAUCUGGGGCCGCGACGAGAAGUGGUAUUAUGUGCCGUAUAGGCCGGGCGCGCUGGUGAUCAACAUCGGCGACACGCUGGAGAUUGUGUCCGGGGGGCACUUCAAGGCCACCAGGCAUCGGGUCUAUCGGCCGCCUGCGGACCAGCUGAGUUCGGAGCGCCUGAGUCUGGUGCUGUUUAACAGUUCGGUUGGGGAGUUGAGGAUGCAGCCUGCGCAUGAGUCGCCCCUCAUCCAGCGAGAAGGCUGCGUUGAAGAACAGGGUGUGUACAAGGAGUUCAAGCGCCUCACUGAGGCCGGCCAGCUCGUGCCGAGUAAUCGCGAAUGGCGCGAGAUCCAGAUUGCGACGGCGACGGAUCCCACGGAUACGGUGCACAACAGGGUUGGUGUGCAUCAGGUGCUCAUUGAUGGGAAGGUCAUGCAUCAGAGGGAGUACAUGGGGGUCAAGGUGGUGCUGCCUGUUUAG